ACAACAGCAGCGCCAUUUGUUCAAAUUGUGGCUACUCCGAGAAAUAAUUUCAGAAAACAGAGUGGCAGUGACGAGACAGGAAAAGCUUCUUUUACUUUUUUCUAAAUUUUCCUCGGGGAUUUUUUCUAAGAAUUCUCCGCAAAACCCCUUUUUCCAGUGUACCCAGAAAGUGAUGUGCAAAAUUCUGUAAGUGUUGAAAGUUGUGCUAUGCUGAAAAAAUGGAUGAAAACAUCGAAAAUGCCCAUGAAAUCUGUACGCACGAUGGCGUGUUGCUGAAGAAAGCCAACUCCAAUUGUCUGGUUGAACUCAACACAACCGGUAGUAUUCACCUGAUCCACAGUCUCUCGACGAAUGAGCUGUGGAUCGAGUGGCGGCCGAAUGAUGGGUUCCUGAUCUCAGACACGGAUACCCAAGAGCAGGAUGAGUGGUCCUUCGUGGACACAAUUGUGCGUCGAAAUCGUACAACUAGCGAAAGUCUCAUCUUUAAUACAAACACCAACAACAUCACCGUUAAGGAUACACAGGCACAAACGCCACCGAAACAACGAAAUAUUCGCGUUAGGCUGCGAGAUUUGAAGUCGGUGGAGGUGCUAAAGAAUGGGCUGGUGAUUAAGUUAAUUGGAAGGGUGGAUGGGCGACUGCACAGUGAGUAUGUAUUUCAGCACGGGAAUGCCGAUAAUUUCGUGAGGAGUCUGUCGUCGACUCAUUGUCUUCAGCGCAACCAUCGCAAUCGAAAUGUCUAUGAUGUCGUUGAGGAUCACAAUAGACCUCAGGACAGAGACAAGUUGCAGAAGACCUUUGCAGAAUUGCAGAUUGAUGACAUCAAAUCGGGCAGUGGUUGGAUUUCUAAUAUGAUGAGACGUCCCUAUGAACAAACUUUGGACAUUUUUGCCAAAAUUGCUGAUGUUUACGUAGCCACUCCCCUUUCUCCACCCACUUCGAGUCCUGACAAUCCACGAUCAUCGCCUGGUCACAACGCAUCCCCUUCAAACGCAAUGAUGCAGUCAACAACGGAAGACUACGAGGUGCUAAGCACAUCACCACGACUCAUGGGGCCAGACCCUGAAUCUGCUGCUGUGGCCAAUUUGGCCAGGCGGGCAGAGAGUCCAGACACUCAGAGACUACCACAAAUUGAAGUACAACCUCGUGGUCAACCGCUAAGUGAAAUGGUAUGGCGGAGCAUGAUCAAUGAGGACGGUAGCAUUCCCAGUGAGAAGGUUGAUCUGAUCAAAGAGAAGAUCUUCCGUGGUGGAAUUGAAGAAGGUAUUCGAGCGGAAUUGUGGAAGUUUCUGCUGGAUUACGAUAUGUGGGCUAGCACAGAGAAGCAACGAGAACAUCUGAGGGCUCAGAAGAGAAUUGAAUACUACACAAUGAAGAGUCAGUGGUUACGAAUGACAUCGGUACAGGAGAGCAAUUUCUCAAAUUUUCGCGAUCGAAAGUGCCAAAUUGAGAAGGAUGUGAAACGCACAGAUCGUACACACGAAUUCUUUGCCGGAGAUGACAACCCGAAUUUGGAGACGUUGCACGAAUUGCUGAUGACGUAUGUGAUGUACAACUUCGACCUUGGAUAUGUUCAAGGCAUGAGUGAUCUUUUGGCGCCCAUUCUGUAUGUGAUGCAAAAUGAGAAGGAUGCCUUUUGGUGCUUUGUUGGCUUCAUGGAUCGUGUCUUUUCAAACUUUGACAUGGAUCAGGCGGGAAUGAAGAGGCAACUGCAUGACCUCAAUCGCUUGCUGGCCUUUGCAAAUCCCAAACUUCAUAGUUAUUUCUUGGAAACUGGUUCGGAUAACAUGUACUUCUGCUUCCGGUGGUUGUUGGUUUGGUUCAAGAGAGAAUUCUCACAGGAUGAUAUCAUGAGGCUGUGGGAGGUUCUUUGGACGGGAUUACCGUGUAUCAACUAUCAUCUAUUUGUCAGUUUAGCGAUUCUCGAUGAAGAGACCGAGACGAUUAUUGGCAAUAAGUAUGAGUUCAAUGAAAUCCUCAAGCAUGUCAAUGAGUUGUCCAUGAGAAUUGAUCUGGACAGGGUGCUUGCAAAGGCUGAAGCCAUCUACCACCAGGUGAAGAAUGCACCACAUCUCACGGAUGAGAUUCGGGGGAUAAUUGGGGAGGAGCCGAUGGAGAAGGUGCAGGAAGUUCACACGGAUAGCGAUGAUGAAUCUGAUGCUGUGAUCAGUGGACCUACGAAGAGUGUGGAGGAAGAGGAGAAGCUACAGAAGAAAAUUGAGGAGGCUCUUGAGCAAUCCAUGUACUUCAAUUUCUACUAGUUACAGGCUCCAGGACCAUCAUCUCCAUCAUAUUGUGAUGAAUGCUUGAGAACUCUGGAGAAAUACUUACGUUCUCUAGAGAUAGAAUUGUCAAAAUAAGAAAAAAAAACACAAGAUUUUAGGAGUCGAGGUGUCUUUGCUUUUACGCCUAAAGUUAGAGAAAUCCUCCCGAGACUCACAGAGGUCACUUGGAUCGGCUGUGGAGAUGCGCCUUCGAGGAUAAAUUUUCCCUCAAACAAUAUAAAAUUUGCAUUACUCAAUUGGAUAAGGAAUUGACUGAAUUUUUGAGAGCAAUUUGAACAUUUUAUUUGAAGAAUAAAAGAAACAAAAAACUUUUCAAUUAAACAUGUGCAAAGGAAUCAAAUGACAGCAUCUAUCAUCAAAAACAAAAACAGCGAUCAAAAAGUGAAUUUUUAACAGGAAUUUGUGUUUUAUUUAAUUUUUAUUGAGUUUCUUGAGUUGAUCAGAAUCUCAUUAAAUUGGACAUUGAAAUAUACAAAAGUGGGAGGUGUUUUACAUUUGUACUGAAUAUUGUAAACAAUAAAGUGUUUUAAAAGGUUUUCAAAUAAAAGUGCACAUAGCAUAA